UUAAGCUCCAACUCAAGAAAGGAAAUCCGAAGAGAAAUGGAUAGACAACAAUAUUCCAAACUGCUUCUCGGGUCUUCUAUUAUUAUCCCAAAGUCAAAAAACCGUUCUAACUUUGACACACCGAAUAUUUCUGCAGAACUAAGGCAGCAACUGAUGUUAGCAGGACCUUUUAUUGUGGUUAGCUUUCUUCAAUAUAGUUUUCUGCUAACAUCAAUCAUGUUCAUAGGGCAUCUUGGAGAGUUUGCCCUUUCUGGUGCAUCUGUAGCCACUUCAUUUGCUAAUGUCACCGGUUUUAGCUUCAUGAUGGGAAUGGGGAGUGCAUUAGAGACAUUUUGUGGGCAAGCUUAUGGUGCAAAACAAUAUCAAAUGCUUGGUAUGCACUUGAAGAGGGCUAUGGUUAUACAAAUUCUAAUGAGCAUUCCAAUUUCUCUCAUUUGGGUAUUCACACGAAAUAUCCUUACAUAUUUUGGACAAGAUUUGGAGAUCUCAAAAGAAGCAGAAAAUUAUGCACGUUGGUUAAUCCUUGGCAUCUUUCCAUAUGGUCUACUUCAAUGCCAGAUCAGAUUCUUGCAGACUAAAAACAACAUGAAGCCAUUGAUGAUAAGCACAGGAUUUGCAAGCUUACUUCAUGUCAUGUGUUGCUGGAUCUUGAUUUCAAAACUUGGGUUUGGCAACUCGGGUGCUGCCCUUUCUGCAGCUAUCUCGUACUGGAUUGAUGUGCAGAUUUUGGGUAUUUAUAUCAAGUUUUCACAUAUGUCUAAAAGCACAUGGACAGGGUUUUCUAAAGAAGGUGUCCGUGAUCUGGCCGGAUUUCUUACUUUGGGCAUACCUUCGGCUCUCAUGGUCUGGUUAGUUCAAAGCUGCUUUUGUUCAUGCUAUGUGCAUCCAUUUAUCACCUCUUUGUAGCUGAAUUACACCUUUAUUUGGUAUUAUUUUCAUCAUACAAGCUUGAAGUAUUGGUCUUAUGAGUUUCUGGUUUUACUGUCCGGAGUUCUUCCAAAUCCAAGACUGGAAACAUCGAUGAUGUCUAUCAGCCUGAGCACAACUUCACUGGCCUAUAGAAUUGCAUAUGGUUUUGGGAAUGCAGCAAGGUAUGCUUAACGAGUCCAGUUCCUCCACUAUUCUCAAUCUGUCACUUUCUUGACAGUAGGACGGUGAGAUUGAUGACCUGUACUAGACCAAGGCAUAUUCACUAGAAAAUGAUUCAAAUAACGGUCAUGUAACUAACUCCAAAACAGGUUUCAAAACUUAGCUGAAAAUGAAAUUGGCCAGUUACUUCGAAA